CGGCCUCAUUUCCAAAUCGGGGGAGAGGGAGCAGGAUAUAAAUUUGGUCGCCAUGAGGAUGGCAGUCCGCUUACUAAGCACCAAUUUUGGACAGUGACCACGCGGGCCCUGGCGAAAUUGGGCUUGUCAGGAGUGAGGUUUGGCACACAUUCCUUUCGGAUUGGGGCGGCAUCUACUGCGGCAGCCCUGGGUUACUCUCCCCCGGACAUUCAACGGCUAGGUUUUUUAGUGAUCGCUGAGAGGAAGCGGGUUCUCAUCUGUGGCCACAGCUUUGUCUUUUGGGCAGCACAUCGGGCAAGCGGAACUGCGUUGGGAUCUCAGCUGGGCCUCAGUCAGUGGGCCACCAUUGAAUGGCAGGGGCGCCAUGGACUUCUCUGGGAGGGUCUCUUGCCUUUGUUGUUUCAGGGGCCCCCGCGCAUGCCCCCUGACGUGCUGGUUGUGCACCUGGGGGGUAAUGACCUGGGGUUUCUCAAUAAACCCUUGGCCCGCCAGGUCAUUGAUGAUUUGCAGGUCAUCAAGGAACGUUGGCCGGGGGUGAGUAUAAUAUGGUCGGCAAUGAUCCCCAGGAAGGUCUGGCUCGACGUCUUGAACCCAAAGAGGAAUAAUCGGGCCCUCCGGAAUAUUAACAAGAAUAUUAAGAACUUUCUGGAUACAGGGUUGGGCCGCUUUCUGCCCCAUCCGUGCAUUAAACCCCACUGCAUGGAGGUUUUUGGGCCGGAUGGGGUACACCUCUCUGAGCAAGGGAACGACAUUUUUUUGGAGGACAUACGGCAAGGGCUGCAGGAGGCAUUAGGCCUCUCGGUGGGGGCAUCGGCCUAAGCUGAGGCUUGACCUCGGCUGUGGCAGGAUUGGGGCUGCUAACUGAGAUGCGGCUAACGUGAGCACCAAUUAAUUACUUCAGGCCGGUGGUAGGCAAACUGCGGCUCUAGAGCCACACGCGGCUCUUUGGCCCCUUGAGUGUGUCUCUGCCGCCUUAGGUGCUGACGGCCUAUUCCCUCCAUUGUUCUCUAUGGUGGGA